GGGAAUGUUAAAUGGCGAGACGGGAGCGAGCGCCUAACACACAGACAGCAAAGCGAAGCAAACGAGCGCUUCAAAAACAAACAAAAAAAAAACCUUUUGUGAAGAUUAAACCAUGAAUAACGCGUCUGACCCUCCCGAGGGUGAGCAGCCCUCCCUGCUGGCCGGGCAGGGCAGUGUCUGGGGGGUGAAUGAUGAAGAUGACGACUCCCCUCUGCUCCAGGAGAUGGCCGAGGAAGACGAGGAGAUCGAUCUGUACAACGAGGAGACCUUCGGACUGGAUAUUGAAUCAGUGGGAGAUGAGGAAGACCCCACAGAUUUAUUUCUCUUCUGCGGAGAAUUCACCAAAAAUUCAAAAACGCAGCCCCCCAGCUCCCCCCCUCAAAAAGAGGAGACCCCAACUGAACCGAAGCCAGAAGAACCACAGGCCCCGGCCGAGCCUGAGACCGCAGUGACCGAGCCUCCGCAGCCUCAAACACCCGAACCUGGGUCCACCAUCUCGCUCAAGCCCCAGGCUUCACUCUUCACAGCAGGCCACAAGGAUUACAGAGGAGCCAGGAGACGGGAAUUUGGGAAAAGAGUGGAAUUCCAGGAUCCAGCUGUCAUUCGGACCAUUGAAGGCCGACCGACUUUAGAGAGUUUGGACAGCGCUAUAGUGGACAGUGGGAUUAGCUCGAUUUGGGAUGAUAUGGAUAUUGAGAAUGAUCAGACGGUCACCGAUUCUGGACUCUGGAUCCCGCCCCACUUCAGCAACCGAAAUCAAACCCCCUGUCCCGUACUGGAGGACAAUGCUGUCUUGAGGGUGAUUGACAGGUCAGCAGACCACAGGAUCCUGCCCACCACCCUUGACUUCCUGUCGUCUCCCAUGUCACGCCGUUACCCAGCAUCCCCUGUUUCGAACGGCGAUCAGUCGAGUCACAUGACACCCAGGCCGUUUGGUUCAAGAUACCUGCAACAGAUGCAGCAAAGUCCCAUGAUGCCUCGGUCCCCACUGUGUCCCAUGCGACCUUUCACCUCUAGGUUUGGGCAGCCCAGUCGCUUCCUCUCCCCCUUCCACCCCUCCUCCCCCAAUAUCAGCACCCCCACUCGACCUCUGACCCCCAAGAUGCUCCAGAUGCGUUUUGGCCCCCGGUCCCCAGCGCCUGGCUCCUCCCCCUUUUUCAGCCCGCCGGCCAAUCCGAUGCGGUUCAGGUUACCAGGUCAUGUGACUCAGCUCCACCCCCAGCACAGAAGGAUUCUCAACCAGAGACAGCAGAGAACACAGAGCUCCCUGAGGAAGCCCGCCCGCCUGGACCCCUACUCCAGCAUCAUGUCCCAGAAGGAGAAGGACUGGGUGAUCCGACUGCAGAUGAUUCAGCUGCAGAGUGAGAACCCUCACCUGGACGAUUAUUACUAUCAGGCAUACUACCAUAAGCUGGAGCGAAAGCUGGCGGAGGAGGAGAUGUUGGGGGACCGGACGAAGAGGGAGCCCCCCAAACUCAUCACCCCCUACGUGCAGAAAGCAGAGACAUACGAGUCAGUGGUGCACAUCGAGGGCUCGCUGGGUCAGGUUGCAGUGUCGACGUGUUUCUCUCCUCGUAGAGCCAUCGACGCCGUCCACGCACACUCGCCAGACGAGGAGAACAAGGAUUUGGGUCACCAAAAAUUAGCUAUCCUGAACACCAUUGAAAAAAUGUACAUGAUCUUGCUGGAUGUGGAGGAGGCUGACAGGAAGCAGUCUGUGUUCCCCGAGGAGAAUCGUUCUCGCUUCAAGGACCAGCGGCAACGCAAAGUGCACCUGCUGUUCCGCAUGCUGAAGGAGGGGCAGCUCGACACAGACAAAUUGACAGGCAACUUCCUGCCCUUCCUGUUGGUGCCCAAAGGCAAGCGUCUGGUGGCCAGACUCCUCCCCUUCCUGUCCCACGACGCUGCGUUGGAGAUUCUCACCGCCGUGUCAAAUGAGCUUCCUCUGCUCAUGACCAGGGACACCAGCCCAGACGAGUCCCUCCCGGUGCUGUACCCGCCUCUCUGCGUUGUGAUUGGUGGACUCUCCUUCACUCAGCUGAUUCGGGUCCUUCGGGGGUUUACUGCUGCGCUGCCUGACUCGAAAGACACACGGCUGUGUCUGGCCUGCCAGAACAAGUUUGGGAUCUCGUUCCUGUACGCCCUGCUGAGUCAGGGGGAGAGACUGCUGUCUUCAGAGACCCCAAUGGAGCCCAGUAUCGGAGACUUUGAGAGCUGGACCGACAUAGUGUUCCUAGUUGCUAAGCAACUCUCCCAGAUGUCUCGCUCCUCAUUGGUCGAGCCCCUCCUGCUGCCGUCCAAUCUGCUGUCUCUGUUCUGCCGCUACCUGGACAAGCAGACUGUCCACCAGCUUGAAGACAACAUGGAGCGAUCAGGAGCAGCGUGUUGUCCAGCCAUCUCUUCUUAACACCUGAAAAAAAGGAAUGGGAAUUCAACAUUGCUGUUCCUUGAGGAAGAACUAAUCAGUUAUGGGAAGGUUUGAGAGGAGAAGUCAGGGCUGGUAAUCAGACUCCUAUUGCACAGCAGUGUGAUCCAUUCCAGGCUUUACUCCCAGCUUGAUCAGCCCCCAGUGUGUCUAGCUAACAAGCUCGGGUGUGUCUUAUUAUUAAACUCCUAUUGAAACCAGGAAUGGAUCACACUGCUGUGCAGCGGGAGUCUGAUUCCCAGCCCUGUUGUGAUAGGAUUUAAAUUAGGUGAAGAGAAAAAUAUACUGUUUUUUUUUUUUUUUUUUUUUUUCAUUUAAAUCAUGGAUUGUUAAUUUCAAAACGGAGGGAGGUAGAUUUGAGAGUAAUUGGAUUAUGCAGAAAAUAUCAAUAUACUAAAUACAUAAGAUUAGAACUGUCUUGUUUUUUCAUAUUUAUGCCUGCCUCCCUCUGCCAUUUUUGUGAAAUAUUGCACUCUGUAAAGACUUUAAUUGAAUUUAUUAAUUUUGUAACGGACACAGCACUGGCGGAAAUUAUGGAAACACUUCUAAAAACAAGUAUCAAGUCUUUUGCAAGAUGAUCAUUCAAUUCAGUCUCAUGAUAUUAACGUAGCGACUGGACUCAACUGGCUCUGUAAAUUUUCUUCAUGAAAGCUAAGUAAGGUUUAGAUUAAGUGUUUCAAUAAUUACCAACAGUGCUAUACCCGUUCACAGGGAUGGGAUUCAGACUCCCGCUGCACAGCAGUGUGAUCCAGUCCUGGUUUCACUAGGAGUUUAAUAACACACCUGAGCUUGUUAGCUAGACACACUGGGGGGCUGAUCAAGCUGGUAGUAAAACCUGGAAUGGGUGACACUGCUGUGUGAGUCUGAGUCCCAUUCCUGUGCAUAAAUGUGUGUUAAAUUUUGAGCUAAACAACUUUUUAGUAUUUUUUGAAGUACUCUGACUUGAGUUUCAAAUACAGGGUGGAAAAGAUACUGCAAUUCUAUAAGUGAAGUCAAUUGUGUACAGUAGGGUUAUGGUGAGUGGGAAAGCUUAAUUUAAUUUAUAUUUAUUAUUAUUAUUUAUUAUAAUGGCUGUCAAUUGAUUUUUUUUUUUUUUGCUGAUUUGUUAUAAUUUACCAUUUAGUUUCUCUCUGUUAAGUGGACAACUAUUAAACAUUCUACAUGUAUGUAUUUUUGCACACUCUCAACUUUGUACAGCACUUGCAAUAAAAAAAAUAAAAUAUAAUAAAAAAUACUUGAAAUCGGUUUAUCCGAG